GGUGAGGAAUACUGUGCCUAUCACUCAACAAGUUUCACCCUUCUGUCUAAAUGACUUUUGUGCCAGUAAUACCAGAGUCCUACAGCCAUGUUCUCGCAGAGUUUGAGUCUCUGGAUCCAUUACUCUCAGCCCUCCGGCUGGACUCCAGUCGUCUAAAGUGCACGAGCAUAGCUGUGUCUCGGAAAUGGUUGGCUUUGGGCAGUUCAGGAGGAGGACUCAAUCUCAUUCAGAAAGAAGGCUGGAAGCACAGGCUUUUUCUUUCACACAGGGAAGGUGCAAUUACUCAGGUCGCCUGUUGUUUACAUGAUGAUGAUUAUGUUGCUGUAGCUACCAGUCAAGGACUUGUAAUUGUUUGGGAAUUAAAUCAAGAGCGUCGUGGGAAACCAGAACGAAUUUAUGUGUCUUCAGAACACAAAGGCCGAAAAGUUACAGCUCUCUGUUGGGAUACAGCUAUUCUUAGAGUUUUUGUAGGUGAUCAUGUGGGGAAAGUUUCUGCCAUCAAACUCAACACUUCUAAACAAGCAAAGGCAACUGCUGCCUUUGUGAUGUUUCCUGUUCAAACAAUAACAACAGUUGACUCCUGUAUUGUCCAGUUAGAUUAUAUGGAUGGAAGACUACUUAUAUCUUCACUUACUCGAUCUUUCUUGUGUGAUACUGAAAGAGAAAAGUUUUGGAAAAUUGGAAACAAGGAAAGAGAUGGGGAAUAUGGAGCUUGUUUCUUUCCUGGAAGAUGUUCUGGGGGCCAGCAACCUCUGAUAUAUUGUGCUCGCCCUGGCUCCAGGAUGUGGGAGGUGAAUUUUGAUGGCGAAGUUAUAAGUACACAUCAGUUCAAGAAACUCCUUUCAUUGCCACCUCUCCCUGUGAUUUCUCAAAGAUCGGACCCUGAGUAUGAUCAUACAGUUGGAUCCUCCCAGUCUUUGUCUUUCCCCAAACUCAUGUAUCUUAGUGAGCAUUGUGUGCUGACUUGGACAGAAAGAGGAAUUUAUAUUUUCAUUCCUCAGAACGUUCAAGUUCUUCUUUGGAGUGAAGUCAAAGAUAUUCAGGAUGUAGCUGUCUGUAAGAAUGAACUGUUCUGUUUGCACGUAAAUGGGAAAGUCUUACAUCUUUCCCUGUUAUCUGUGGAGCGCUGUGUGGAACGCCUGCUGAGGAGAGGCCUAUGGAACCUGGCUGCUCGCACAUGCUGUCUUUUCCAAAAUUCUAUCAUUGCUAGCAGAGCAAGAAAAACGCUGACUAUAGAAAAAUUGGAGCAUUUGAAAUCUCAGCUGGACCUUGCAACCUAUAGUGAUUUAAUUUCUCAACUUGAAGAAUUGAUCUUAAAAUUUGAACCUUUGGAUUCAGCUUGCAGCAGUAGAAGAAGCUCCAUUUCAUCACAUGAAAGUUUCAGUAUUUUGGACUCUGGUAUUUAUCGUAUCAUUAGUAGUAGAAGAGGCAGUCAGUCGGAUGAAGACUCUUGCUCCCUUCACAGCCAAACCCUCUCAGAAGAUGAGAGACUUAAAGAAUUCACCUCACAUCAGGAAGAGGACCAGCCAGAUCAGUGUUGUGGCUCACCUGGGAAUGAAGACAAUGUUUCUCGUGUUCCAGUGACGUUUGAGACAGAUAAGAAUGAAACUUUUCUCCCCUUCGGCAUUCCAUUAUCAUUUCGUUCCCCAUCUCCUCUUGUGUCUCUUCAGGCUGUCAAAGAAAGCGUUUCUAGCUUUGUGCGUAAAACCACUGAGAAGAUUGGCACCCUUCACACAAGCCCUGAUAUGAAAGUGAGACCAGAACCCAGGGAUGAUGAACAAUCAUGUGAAGAGGAUGCGAGUUCAGUUACCUGCCCAAAGGAGGAAGACACUGAGGGGAGAAAAGAGAUAACUAGUCAACCUCUAGAAGAAGACAGGUUCCAAGAGCUCAAAGCAGCAACAGCAGAAGCAAUGACCAAGCUACAGGACCCUCUGGUUUUAUUUGAACCCAACUCUCUGAGAAUGGUUUUACGGGAGUGGCUUUCACAGUUGGAAAAAACAUUUGCCACAAAAGACUUUUCAGGCAUUUCAGAUACUGGCAACUUAUCCAUGAAAUCAAACCAGGAUAUGCUAUUGCUUAAUGAAUCAAAAAAGGGAAUAUUAGAUGAAAAUAAUGAAAAGGAAAAAAGGGACACUUUAGGCAAUGAAGAAACUGUUGAUCAAACAACAUGUGAAUCUGUAAGUAGUCUGAAGGAGUCCUCAGAUGACCUUUUUCAACUAUGUUCUCCAUGUACCAUAGCAAAUGGUUUUCAGAAGGACCUGGCUGAAUUGACAACGUUGUGUUUGGAAUUGAAUGUAUUGAAUUCUGAGAUGAAAAGCACAAGCAGACAUAUGGACCACACUUUUCAACUCUGCUCUCCUGAAAUUCUGGCUUGUCGGUUCCUAAAGAAGUACUUUUUUCUCCUGGACUUGAAAAGAGCAAAGGAGAGUAUCAAGCUUAGUUAUGCUAACAGCCCUUGUGUUUGGGAUACUUUUAUUGAAGGAUUGAAAGAAAUGACUAGUUCCAAUCCUACGUGUAUGCAGAUGGAAGAAGGAGACCUACCAACGAGAUUAAAGUUAUUAGAUGAUUCAGUUCCUUUUGAUAGUCCUUUGUUGAUUGCUUAUGCUACCCGGUUGUAUGAGAAGUUUGGGGAAUCUGCUCUUCGAUCCUUAAUCAGGUUUUAUCCAUCCAUUUUGCCUUCGGAUAUCAUGCAACUUUGUCAUCAUCAUCCUGCUCAGUUUUUGGCCUAUUUAGACAGUCUGGUGAAAUCAAGGCCCGAAGAUCAGCGGUCGAACUUCCUUGAGUCCUUUCUACAGCCAGAGUCUUUAAGAUUGGAUUGGCUGCUUUUGGCAGUGUCUCAUGAUGCUCCACCAAGCACAAGCACAAUGGAUGAUGAAGGAUGCCCCAGGGCUCAUUCACACUUGCUUUCCUGGGGUUACAGUCAGCUGAUCCUUCAUCUAAUUAAACUUCCUGCAGAUUUUACAACCAAAGAGAAAAUGACGGACAUCUGUAGGUCUUGUGGUUUCUGGCCUGGAUAUCUUACUCUCUGUUUGGAGCUGGAGAGAAGAAGAGAGGCCUUCACCAACAUUGUGUACCUGAAUGAUAUGAGCCUGAUGGAAGGGGACAAUGGUUGGAUCCCAGAGACUGUGGAGGAAUGGAAGCUUCUCCUACGUCUUGUACAGAACAAGAGCACAAGGCCAGCCCCCCAGGAGUCACUAAAUGGGAACCUCAGUGAUGGGCCUUCCCCCAUCAAUGUGGAGAAUGUGGCACUCCUGUUAGCCAAGGCCAUGGGCCCCGAUCGGGCUUGGUCACUGCUACAGGAAUGUGGUCUGGCUGUUGAGUUGUCAGAGAAGUUUACCAGAACCUGUGAUAACCUGAGGAUUGCUGAGAAAAGGCAGAGAGCCUUGAUACAAAGUAUGCUUGAAAAAUGUGAUCGGUUUCUCUGGUCUCAGCCGGCCUAG